AUGGGGGCAAAGUACUCCGCAGUGCACUGCAUGAGGAGUAGCAUGCAGCAGGUGACUGAGGAUGUUUCCGCCCGCAAAGCUGCUGGGUACAGAUAUUGUCACAACCAGUGGACGAAGUUGAACACUAGCGGGGACUCACCAUCGCCCCGGUCGGGGCACGACGUCGUGGUCAUCGGGCACAAAGCGUACCUGUUCGGCGGUUGCGGUGGCGAACAGGAUCAAAUCACAUGUCUCAACGACGUGUACGUGUUCAACCUCGAGCUUCACCGGUGGAGCAAGGUCACCGUCAAGGGAGACGCGCCCCUGCCUCGAGCAUCCUUCGGCAUGUGCGCCGGUCCUGCCCCGGGGACCCUCAUCGUCGCCGGGGGGACGGGGGUCGAGAUGGACAGCUUGAGGGCGGACGUGGUGGAGUACAACGUUCCGAACCGAACCUGGACCCAAAUCCUGACGGACUCGGAGGAGACCCCGUGCAAGUUCUACGGCCAGAGUGUGUGCACGUACGGGGACAACCUGCUCCUGUUCGGCGGGUCGACGGGGCUACACUACACUAACGACCUCUUCGAGUACAACGUGCGAACAAACAAGUGGAAGCGGCUGGUGACGUCCGGGCGCAUGCCUUCCCCGAGAUACAAGCACCAGGCAGUCGUGGUAGGUCACAAGAUGUACGUCAUCGGCGGGGGUUGCUUCAAGCCGGAGCAGAGCGGCAUCGACCUCUACUGCCUGGACCUCCGGUCCCUGGUCUGGGAAGAAACGACCAUGAAGGGGGAGCUUCCGAAGGCACGCGUGGCGCAUAGCUGCAGCUUCGACGCGGAGACCGACACCAUCUACCUCUGGGGGGGCUUCACCAGCGAGCUCAGCCGCCUGCAAGACUUCUUUGGCUUCCACUGCCCCACGGCGACGUGGGUCCGGAUGGCCGAGGAGCCCACACAGGCCCCUGUGGCGGGCGGCGCGACCGAUCUAGUAGGGGCGCCGCCGGCCCGGGCGUUCCACUCGGCGGCGUUUUUUCAGGGGGGGUUGUACGUGUUCAGCGGCGCAAACGGGGACGUCCGGUACUCCGACGUCUGGAGGUUCCAGGUGCGAAGCACGCCGCCAAGCCUGUCCAUGCUCGUCGCCCACAAGAUCAAGUCCGGAGGGGAGGCCCCGUUGAAAGAGAUGGACAUGCGGGCGCCGGCGGAGCUCGUGCAGGGGGUCCGCGAAAUGAACGAGCACGCUGACCGACUCUGCUGA